AUCUCAAUCAGUCGGGAGGCGGAGAGCCGCCUCCUUCCUCGCUGCCGUAAAGCUCGGGUAUGUUAAGCAGGAAGAAAACCCUGUACACAGUUCUAAUGCUUCUCUUUUAAUGGAUAACAUCAUUCACCUGAGAAGUGGCCAGAGCCACACAUCAUGAAACCAUAAAGAAUUCUUGAACGUACUGAAUUUCCCCACAAUGGGGAAGCUCUUUCAUUUCCUACAGCAGAUGUAUGAUGAGCUACUGAAGGGUCGCCCAUUGGCAAAAGAUAGUCGCAGUUACGCAGCUCUUCUCGAUCCUCUCAUUGCGUCCCAACAUUUGUCAACAGAAACCAACGAGUCUCCUACAGAGAAAUGCCUGUCGUCUUCUGAGGCUCCACGCAGUGGGGACUCUUCGGCUCUGGCUUCUCUAUCCCAUGAGAUAAAUACUGAACCUGAUGCGACUGAGAACGUGAACCGACCGCGGGAAAUAACUCUGCUUCAGCUCACCUUGAUGGAGAUGGUGAUAACCAAAGCGCGGAACCCGCGGAUGGAAGCUGGAAUGAAAAUGACUUAUCUUGACAUUGUUAGAACUCUUGUGAAAGAAGCAAGCAUUGACCCAAAAUUAAUUUUCUUGUUACGCACCCCGGAUAAACUGAUGUCUCACAUAGCCUGUAAAACUUUGGUCUCCCUUGUGCAUUUCCAGUUAAGAGACGAGGGUUCCUUGAACAGCUCCUGGCUUGCGUUUUGCUCAGAGACUUUGUCAGGAUUCCCCAGCAGCAGCUGGGCAGUGGAAUGCCUGUGGACGCUCACUAACACCGUCCGAGAAAUUCUGAAGGAUGAAACUUUGGACCAAGGAGGUGAACUCGAAAAGCUUUUUUCUCCACUCGAUGGCAUCCUGGAAGGCUUUUACCACUGCGCCUUGUCUCAGGGGCCUGAUCUUCCUGAGGGCAUCCUGGCCUCUGCAAAACACACAAACAGCCUGAGUGGUUUUCUUGACCUCCUCGAACUGCUGGCGGCCUCGAGGAGCCGCACAGCGGUCCCUUUUGCCUGCCAAAGGAUGCUGUUUUUGAACGUUGCUGAUGCAUUGGGCCUGAUCACCUCUCCCGUGCACGCUUUCAUCAAAAAGAAAUCUGUCGUCCUGCUGAAAAGAUGCAUUCUCUGCAAAGCCGGAGAAGACCUAGUGAGGGGAAAGGCGCCCCCUUCGUUCCCCCAGGACCCCCAUUUGCAUGAAGAUAGGGUCGUUUUCUCAAACACCGUUUUGCAGUUUGUGGAUUCCGGGUGGCUGAAUUGGUUGUCUGUCGGUGAAAAGGCCGCCUACUUUGGAGGCAGUCAAGUUAGACCCGAAUUUGAUACCUGCGGUGGUCUGGAUGACGUGUUCCUCAGAGCCUUGAGUUUAGUCCUGCUUAAAGCUUUAGAGACCAGGGUUCUGAACUCUACUUCUGAAUACGAAGCCCAAGUGCUUCUGGAGAGCGUUUUGUGCCCUUUGUUGUCCUUCUUAAAGCGCCACCUGAGCUGUUCUGCCCACUCAUUUGAGCACCCCUGCAUGUGGCUUUCCAAGCUCUUCAUAGACCAAGACGACGACCUGUUUGAAGCCGCAAAAGCCUUACUGAGUGUUCAUUUGCAGUGUAAGAGGUUCUGGCCAGAAGCCGCGUCUCCCUCACGCCUUCCCAGUGACCAAAUUUGGAACGCUUCGACCCACAGGAACGGCUGCAAUCCCCAUUGCAUCUUUUUCUUCCUGUUGCAGAGCAUCGUGUUUGAUGCUACCGUUCUCCUCGACUUCCUGAUAUCAUCAGAAACCUGUUUCCUGGAGUACUUGGUCAGGUACUUAAAACUUCUGAUAGAAGACUGGCACCACUUUGCCAACGUCUCUGAAGGCCUCAAGCCCGCGACUAGCAGAGGGCCAUGCUUUUCUUCGAAGGACUUGUUCUGUCAAGAGGAGAACAGCUGCCAGCCACAGGUGAACGCAGAGAGCGCCUUGCGCAAUCCAGAGUCCCGUCUGCCCUUUCUGACCUCUUCCGAGAGUUGUGCUGUUGUGCAACAAUUUGACCACCGAGCUGUAAAACCCAACAGGCCCAGCUCUUUGAGAGGGUCCGAUAACACGUCUUCACUGCAGGGUGUUCAGAGGCUGGUUGAUUAUGAAAGUUCAGAAGAUUCUGAAAUAGAAGAGGCGUGUUGGGCAGAUGGGGCCCAGACGCCACUGAGUAAUCAAGCCUGCUCAGAUGUGACCACCUCUACAGAUGGCCUGGCAGAAAUCUCGGAAUGUGACACAACUCCGGAGCACAAAGAUUUUACUGUUUCACCCUGCUCCCAGCCCCAGGUGUCCCCAGACGACCCCAUAUUGGCUGAAGGAUUGCUCUGGAAAUCAGUGAAGUGUUUGCAAGAGCUGCAGAGAUCCGUUUCCAGGCUGCACCGAAGAAAUCUCUUCCCCUACAACCCGGCUGCUCUUCUGAAGCUGUUGUCUCGGUUUGACACAAUUAGCAGAGCGUGUAAAUCUGUGGACACAUGACGCCUGACUCCCCAUCUCCCCACCCUGUUUCCACUCCCACAACAGUGUCAGGAGACUGUUUCCACGAGAUUAAAGUGUGCCAAAACCUCUGGUCCGGAUUGUGUUCUUCGGGACUUGCCUGCAUAAUUGAAAGCAGGUUGGACAAGCUGCAGAAGGCUGACUCGGUGUAAUUGUGCCUCUAACUGCGGCUCAAACUAUGUGCAUCAUGACAAACAGUGUUGCCUGCAGGCUACAAUUUUGCCCACAGGUCUCUUUCGCGGCAGCCUUUGGGAAUUAAAAACAAAACACCCUGAUUUUUU